AUGGACAAGAAGAGCUCGCAAGGGAAGAAAGUGCCCUUGGAUUUGAAGAGGAAAAAGUCGCAAGGAAAGAAGGACAAGGCCAAACAGCCACAGCAUCACAGGGCGAGCGGGAUACGUGUGCUGUUCCUCAAUGUACCGCUGCACGGGCACAUCAACCCCACGCUCGACCUGGCCUCGGAGCUGGUCCUCCGGGGCAACGAAGUGGUCUACUACGCGUCAGCGUCUUUCCGCGAGAAGGUCGAGGCCACCGGCGCCGAGUUCAGGAGCUACGCCUACGAGGAGUUCAAGCUGAAGAGAGAAAUCACCAACAUCUUCAACACUGCGCGCGAAAUGCUUGACGCUGCCGAGCAUAUCCUGCAGGAUUCUUUGAUAGAUCAGUUGAAGAUGGAGCGGUACGACCUGAUCGUGCACGACGUCAGCGCCAUUUGGGGCAUCUUCCUCGGCAAGAUCCUCAACCGACCCUACGUCUGCUGCUUCCCCGGUCUAGCGCCACAGUGGCGUGGGUACGUGAAGAGCAAGACGAUCAUCGCCCGCGGCAUCAUGGAGCGCUUCGAGGGCGGCGAGUAUGUGAAGGAGAGCAACCACAUCCUCGAACGCCUCCUGACGCGGUUCCAGAUCACCGGGCUCACCGUCACCAACCUCUUCAAGGGCGGGCCGUACCUCAACCUCGUCUCCACCUCUGCCUACUUUCAGCCAUUUGCGGACGUGAUGCAGCGGAAGAAUUUCCUCUUCUGCGGCCCGUCGCUGGAGACCCGCCGCGAGACGGUCGAGUUCCCGUUCGAGCUGCUCCCGCCGUCGCGGCGCAAGGAGGCAAAGAGCGAAGGCGACGUCGACACGUCCGAGAAGAACGAAGAAGACGGCGAUGACGAGAAGGAGAGCGAAAGCGAGGAUUCCUCCAGCAAGGAGAGGAGGCACCUCGUCUACAUAUCCAUGGGCACGCUCUACCGGAUGAACCCUCUCUUCUUCCGGACGUGCUUCGCCGCGUUCAAGAACAGCCCGCACCUGUUUGUCAUGUCUGUGGGCAAGGGCAACCUUGACCGCGCAGAGAAUGUGGGAGAGACGCCAGACAACUUCAUUGUGAAGGAGUACGUGCCGCAGCCGCAGAUUCUAGACAGGGCCAGCGUGUUCAUCUCGCACGGCGGCAUGGGCGGCAUCAGCGAGGCCAUGGUGUCCAACGUUCCCAUGGUGCUCCUCCCGAAGACCAUCGAACAGCAGAUGAACGCGCGCCGUAUAGAGGAACUCGGCGCGGGCGUGAAUCUCGGAUGCCAGGCGGAGGACAUCACUGCCGACCGGCUCAGGCUCGCUGUCGACCGGUUGCUCGACCCGAAGGUGUCCGCGGCCUACGUCGAGGCCACGCAAAGGGUCAGCCGAUCGUUCGAAGAAACCGGAGGGGCCAAGGCAGCAGUGGAGGCGAUUGAGAAGAUGAUGGAGGCGCUGGCGAUAGCGCAAGCUCACUCGAUGCCCUCGAUCUGGGCGCGUCUGCGUCACACAAACUCGGCUUCGGCGCUGCCGCUCACCGCCCGGCUGUCGUGGGAACGCAAGGCCGAGGCCACCGAAUUCGUCCACAACUUUGCCUACGUGCUUGAUUCGUCAAACAGGACGGCGGCUGCAGAGUUCUUCGUGCACAACGGAAGCUUCAACGGAGCUCGCGGCGGGGACGCCAUCAAGGAGUUCAUGCGCUCCAGUCUGCCCACGCCCCUCGCACAGCGCCACGUGUUCUCGAAUGUGUUGGUGACCGCACGAGACGACACGCACCUGCACGUCAAGGCCCUGGUGCAGGCCUAUCACGAACAGGGCACCGUCUGCGUGCAGGACUACACAGCGGACCUGGUGCGCAACGACCAGAACAACGGGUGGCUCUUUGAGAGCGUUGUGAUGGUGCCCUUCACGACUGUCGCGGCGCCGCGGCCGACCACCCCGCGCUCGGGCAAGAAGAGCUCGCCCCGGGUGCCCACCAAGACCACGCCGAAGGAGAAGCGACGCAACGAUCACCACAAGGGGAAAGAGCGGCGCGAGUCGGAGAGCAGCGAUGCGAGCGAUGUGAGCGGGCUGGGCAGCAGCGAUGACGCCUAUCAGCUCAAGCUGCGGGACCUGGAGGCCAGUGAGCGCGAGGCCAAGGAGGAAGAAGACCACAGGUCGGCCAGGCGCAAGGGCAGCGCUCCCUGA